GGUUGGUCGGUCAGUCGGUGCCAGCCUGCUCCGUUACUCUCGGUACGUGUCGGUGAUUUAACGGCGGACUGUCCGGAACUGCGGGAGCUUCUUCAUGGAGGAAACGUGAAGUUUUACCGGAGAGGAGCGGAGGGAGGAGGGGGAGGAGGAGGAGGACUUUUCCCGCGGUGUUGGUGUUGCAGCGUGAUGAUUGGAUGGAGGAGGCGGAGCACAGCCACUACGUCGCUCAGCUGAAGGCAGAGUUCGACAGCUGCGACACGACGGCCACGGGCUUCCUGGACAGAGAGGAGCUGACGGCGCUCUGCCACAAACUGCAGCUGGACGCUCACCUGCCGCUGCUGCUCGACGCGCUGCUGGGAGAACGCACCUACGGCAGGGUGAACUUCGAGGAGUUUAAAGAAGGCUUCGUGGCCGUCCUGUCUCGCUCUCUGGACUUCAGCACGUCAGAGGACGACAGCAGUUACCUGGAGCCAGUUGUUCCAGAGGAGGUGAAGCCGAAGUUCGUGAAGGGAGCGAAGCGUUACGGCCGGCGCUCUCGUCCUGACAGUGAACCUGAUGCCGCGCUGACCUGCGACUCCGAGGACUCACCGCCGUCCAGAACCGAGGCCACGGACUCGUCGCCUGCCGGCGUCCGCAGGGCCAAACUGAGGCGGUCCACGUCUCUGGAGAGCGUCGAGAGCCUGAAGUCUGAUGAGGAGGCAGGAAGUCAGAAGAACUUUCAGUCUAAAGCUCCUCAGCAGGAGGAGGUGCAGCUGGGCAUCGUCGGAGGAGGAGGAGGAGGAGGAGGAGGAGGAGGAGGAGGAGGCCAUGUCCUGACAGCAGUUUGUGAUCACCUGGGGCUGACACAGCUCAGUACAGAGGAGCUGGACCUGCUGCUCAGAAAGCUGGACCCCGACCUGGAUGGCAGAGUCAGCAUCAGGGAUUUCCAGAAGGUUCUCUGUGGCUCUGUCCCCGUCUCCUGCUCCACCCCCAUACGACCUGCUGACCUGCAGAGGGCGCCACACAGGUCUCAGUCGGUGUUAGAGGAGCGCUCGGCUCGUUCCACCUCGCCCUCCCUGCUGACGGCCACGGUGGGUCAGAGAGUCCUCAGCCGGCUGGACGACGGAUCAGGAUGCACCAGCCCCGAGCGGGUCGUCGCCCUCUGGACCGAGGAGGGCAUCAAGAACAGCCAGGACAUCCUGCAGACUCUGGACUUCCCUCUGGAGGAGCGUCUCAGUCUGGCAGACCUGACUCUGGCUCUGGACAAUGAGCUCCUGGUCAGCGGGAACGGCAUCCACCAGGCGGCGCUCAUCCCUACAAGAACGAGAUCCAGCACCUGCAGUAGGUUUCAACACAACGCUCCGUCCAUCUGUCUGUCCAUCGUCUUCCUUCGCUUAUCCAG